AGACUCAUCAAAUUGAGAGAGAGAGAGAGAAUGCCGUUGGGGAAGUACUACUGCGACUACUGCGACAAGCAGUUCCAAGAUACCCCAUAUGCUCGGAAACGCCAUCUCCAGGGUCUCCACCACCUUAGAGCCAAGGCUCUCUGGUUCGAUUCGUUCAAUCUCCAAGAUGCGAACCAGGCUUAUACUGAGGGAUUUGGAAAAGGGGUCUGCAACCGGUUUGUCAAGACGGGGUUUUGCCAGUAUGGGGAUUCUUGCAAAUAUUUUCAUCCGAAGAACAACUUACCAAAUGUGAAUGCUCAAGGUGUAUCAGGGCUCGUGGAUAACAAUCAGUCACCAAGUACCCCAGGAAAUCGAUUAGUUGGAGGAGGCACUUUGUCUGGGGAUGUGUUACUAGAUAGUAUUGGAAUGUCAUGGCACAAUCUACCUCCAUCACUAAAGCCUCCUCCAGAAGGUGGAUAUCAGCCUCUUCCCUUUGUGGAUUGGGGAUAGGUUACUUUGGUUGUCCCCCUUUAUUAUUGUGCCAGUAAUGUGAAUCCUUGUAUAUUUCUAGCACCUUCAUUUGAUGUUGUUGGUAUUGUUACAUUGUACAUUGAGAUACAUCAUGCAGCUUGUGUAUAUUAUUCUUGACUGGAACAUGCUGCUUAUUUUAUCAUCUUUUAAGAGAAAAAAAAAAGUUUUC